AUGCCCCCAACACGUGACUGGUCGGAGUUGCCUCCCUUCUGUGUCUCGACUCCCUCCCCUUCCUUUACUGACCCAUUCCAGAAGUCUCGGUUUCUUGGGAGGCCAGAAGACCACUAUCUGCUAGAUCUGAGUACUCAGACUUCCAGGCAGGCAUUGCAGAGUAGACUCUACGCACAUCAGUCUGCUAGCGUAAUGGCUGCCAUUGCUCAGUCUGCCAUUUCUGGCGCGAUUUGCGCUCCCGCAGUCGCGUCAGUUGAGGUGUCUAGCAGGACCAGCAUUGUCUCCUUCAAUGGCCUGAAGGCGACCUCACUCCGUCAGUCUGUGAAGGCCUCCCUCUCGCAACGUGUCUCGUCUAAGCGCUCUGGUCGCGUUGUGUGCGAAACCACCGGCACCGAAGUGGCGGGCCCAGUGACCGAUGCGACCUUCAAGAGCCUCGUUCUGGAGAGCAAUGUUCCAGUGCUGAUCGACUUCUGGGCUCCAUGGUGCGGCCCUUGCAGAAUGAUUGCUCCUCUCAUUGAUGAGCUCGCGAAGGAGUAUGACGGAAAGCUCAAGUGCUACAAGCUGAAUACCGACGAGAGCCCUAACGUGGCUACAGAGUAUGGCAUCCGGAGCAUUCCCACCGUUAUGAUCUUCAAAAAGGGGAAGAAGGUCGACACUGUGAUUGGUGCUGUUCCUAAGUCUACCCUCACAGCCACCAUUGAUAAGUACUUGUGA